UAUGGGUUUGUAACAAUUGUAUCUCAAUCUAAACUGGAUAAAUUUUUUACAUGUCUGUACUAAGGAUGGGGAAAUUCCCUUAGACAACCCGGUAAAUGGUAAGCCUAAAGAAAUCGAGGAUUCACACCGUUCAAGGGAUAUAUUGGCCUUAAAUGUAGAUCUCGUAAACGAUAAAUUUAAAGAAAGUGAUAAUUUGCAGCAUAUAAAGGAUCCUUUAGGGUUAUAUAAAGAAAAGCAACCCGUUGAUGAUGAUGGUAAUGGUCCAUAUGUACCAGGUUCAGCAACGGAAUCAGACAAACGACAUGAUAGCUAUGACUUAUUAGUCAAAGGUGCUGUCGAACAAUUGCAUGGUCCACAAGAAAAUCUGACUGAUAAGUUUUGGAGAAAAGUUGCUGAAAAUGCAAAAGAAGAUAAACAAGAGGUCGAUAUGAAAUUGAUUAAAAAUAGCAAAACACCAAAAUUACCCGUCGUGACUGUAUCACAGAACUUUCAUUUCGCUAAGAAUAUGCAUGCAGGAAACUUAGAACACCAGCCUCUUCCAGAUACAUUGGGAUAUCGUCAUUUAACUAAAGUUGGGGAGCAUAGGGAUUCUGAUAUUGUAGUCAAACCUUAUGCUAUUGGUUGGAAAGGUUACGGUGCAUCCGGACCUACUUGUUGCACAAAAAUGCGUGUCCAUCGACCAAAAACUAGUGAUCCUAAGAAAACUGAAAUCCAGCAUGGCGAUCGUAAACAGCGCCCAUCUACCUCCGCUGGUGAUUUAGGCGGGCAGUAUAAAAAGCCUUUAUCGCUUAUGGACUUAGCAAUUUGUUGGGACUUCCAAUCUGAUAACCCGCAAAAGGAACCUAAGCCCCCGAAACACAUUAAUGGGUCUAAUGGAUCUUUAGCUCCAGCUGUGUUCACGAUGGUUCGGACACCCAAAGAAGAGGUGCAAGAUAAUAUCGCAACUAGCCACUCACAGUCCAUUUUUAAUCAAAAUCGUGAUGUACAAAAUGUUGGUCGUCACACUGUACCAUAUUUUGAAAAGGAUAUGUCAAAAGAGAGAAGGAAUGAUGCGUGUGAUGUUCAAUACUGUCCACAACAUACGGGAAAGAAUGAAGGUGCAAAUACAUCGAACCAUUCAAGUAGAAAAAAUUCUAGUCGCUCCUCCAAAAAUUUAUGCGAUGGUAUUAAUGGUUGUGGUACUCCCGUGGAAUCAAAAUAUGAAACAAGACAUGGGAAUUGUGUGAAAGACAAACAAAUUAAUAGCAGGCGCCAUGAUAGUUUGGAGUCGUAUAGUAAAACUCUACUAGCUCAAGGGCAAUUACAUCAAAGUACCCCAGACCAAUCAGAAACAUCUCGAUCGCCCAAAAAUAGUGGGACUUCAAAUAACAACAACAAACACAAAAAUUGUUUCUCAUGCAGCGGAAAAAAGCUUCCUUCAGAGAAGAAAGAAAAAGAGGACUAUAAAUUUGCAUUCAAAGCGGGUAAUCCUAAUUCUGUCCAAAGCGUCAGUUCUAAUGACUCUAAAGGUGUUAAGAUACCAAAAAUGCGCCACCCGUAUACCAAGAAGUCAUAUACAAUACCUACUUUAGCUCCACCGUUCAGUAUAUGGCGAGACGCUAACGCAACAGGCUACCCAGAACAUUGGAGAUUGGCCAGUGUUUAUCAACACGCGUAUAAACCUCCAGAGCAAAGGCGUAAGCCGCUCAUUAGCAGCGUAUAUCAAUAACUUUUAUGAAUAUUAUUUAUUAACAGAACGUUGUUAUUUAAAAAAGUAUUCCCGAGCUUUCAAUCUAGUAGGAAUCACUUUAAUUAUUAGUCCGGUCAAUUUAGACAUACGAAGUUACAUAAAGUCCCAACAAGCUGAAAAUCACUGAAAUUGUUCAAAACAUAAUUAUAAACAAUGUUUAAAAGUUCCCCAUCAUUCCCGUGUAUGGAUUUUUUUUUAUUCAAGGUCAAAGAUCCGAAAAAGGGGUUUUUCACUAUUUCGCGAAAAACGCAUGCAAUAUGCGCACGUUUCCACGCCACCUAUGAUACAACUACGAUAACAAAUUUUAUUACUUUUUGAAUCGUUAUAUCUCAGAAACGGUGGCUCGUAAGAAAAAAAGUAUGGAUACAUUUUUUAUAGAUAAUUUUAUGAUCUACAAUUUUUGUCUUUGAUACUUUAAUGGUAAACUUAUCGUUUUGCUGAAAAUCGCGAAAAACCUCAUUUUUUUUUAACUUUGACCUUGAAUUAAAAAAUUUCCAUACACGGGACUGAUGGGGAACUUUUUAAACAUUGUUUAUACUUAUGUUUUGAACAAUUUCACUGAUUUUCAGCUUGUUGGGACUUUAUGUAACUUCACUCUCAUUUUUUGGUCUAAAUUGACCGGACUAUAUCGCUUAUUUUUAAAUACUUUUCGAUUUUUCUUGCAUUUGUCUUUUUGCUCAAUUUUAUGUGAACGUUGUAUAAGAGGAAAUUAAAAUUGUUUUCAUGGACCCAAUAAAAUAUUACUAUAAUCUUGCUAAGUACCUUAGUUGAGUAAAGAGCUGAGAGUAUAGUAUUUUGCUCACGUCCAGCGUUGGAUAGUUACUUCAACAUCUAUUGGAGGUCGCGAAUAAUUUUAAUUCGUAUCCUAUUUGGCGAUAUCCUUAGAUAGUUUAUACGUCUUGAUAGUCUCUUGCUAUUAGAUAAGUUUAGUGUGCAUGACAAGCUAUGUCUAACACUCGCGAUUUGUAUGACACUUUGUGUUAGUGUGCGUGAAUUGCUCAAAAUAGACGUAAGCUCUAAGCUCAAUAUAAUUUUGAUGUUUUCACAGCUUUCAUAGUCUAUCUAGCCGUAUAAAAUGGUCUAAGGGCAUAUCCAAAGAUGUGUGAAUGACAUAAGCCGUCAAAAUUCAGGUUCACAUGUCGCUGUCAACUGUCAGUGUCAUAGACAAAGGCUAUAUCAUUAUGUAUAACACUUUUUGAAAUUGUCGUAUUUAGUAAUUACUUCUGUGAAAAAAAUCUUGAUCUAAGGUUGAAUUUCAACAUUUCACUUUAUACAGCUAUAUUGUACCUACUUACGAUUUCAGACAUACUCUGCACAUAAAAAUAUAUUUCGUGCUCAAAACUUGACUCAAUUUAUUAUAGCUAAACUUGACAUUGGUGUUAUUUGUCAGGAUUUGUAAU